UGUUGUGUGAGCGGUGAUGGAGAAGCCGAGGGACCGCUACCGGCGCCGCUAGCUAGCAGCAACGACUCCAGCUAGCCUAAUAGAGAGACAGAGAGACAGAGAGAGAGAAGAGGACCGGAUAACCGGAUAACCGGCCCGCAGGGAGAGAAUGGACACGGUGGAGCAGCUCGUCUCUUUCCACCACAUUCAGGUCCAGUUGAUCGGGGGCGCGCCUUGGGGGUUCACGCUGAAAGGAGGGCUCGAGCACGGCGAGCCACUCAUCAUCACUAAAAUCGAGGAUGGAGGGAAGGCCGCGCUGUGCAAGAAGCUGAAAGUGGGCGACGAGCUCAUCAACAUAAAUGGAUCGGCCCUCUACGGCAGCAGACAGGAAGCCCUCAUCCUCAUCAAGGGAUCGUACCGGAUACUGAAGCUCGCAGUCAGGAGGCGCAGCGUCCCUCUCAUCAGGCCUCACUCCUGGCACCUGGCAAAGCUAUCGGAGCCGCCCCUCCCUCCCCCUCCCCCUCCUCCGUCUCCUCCUCCUCCUCUUCCUCCUCCUCCUCCGUCCUGCCUCCCCCCUGCCGACUCCCCUCCUCUCCCUCCUCCUCCCCCUCUGUCUGCCAUGCAGCUCCAUCCCGGCCCCUACACACUACCCUGGCAUACAACUGACAACAGUGACUUGUCCUUACAGUGGGGUCUGUCCAGACCUUACUCCUCCACUGACCGAAGCAGUUCCCUGGGCUCCAUGGAGAGCUUGGACACACCGACACCCACCACGCAACCGUACUCCGACUCCCAUAAUUCCCCCGUCGACCCCACCCUCUUCAACAACAAGAGAGACUCUGCCUACAGCUCAUUCUCCGCCAGCUCAAACACGUCCGAUUACGCAACAGUGCCACUGAGGCCUGGUGACGCCUGCUCAAUGGAUAACCUCCUCCAGAGCCUGGGACCGGCUUGUCGAGGCUACCCUGGUGGUGAUACCUCAACCCUGGGCAGUUCAUCUGGCGAGGCUCCAGAUGAGGUGCAGCUUAUUGUACUCAAGUCCAGGUCCCUGACCAGGCCAAGACCAAGGCCUGUUGAGGUGAAAGAGAGGCCUUCCUCCUGCUGUUAUGAGGAGGAGCGUAGAGGAGGAGACUUUGAGAUCAUAAGAAAUGUAGAAAGAGGAGCUGAGAGGAAGAUGAACCCUCCUCAGCCUCCAACCAGGAAGGACAGUUUUAGGGCAACCCGGAGUCGCCCUAAUGCCGCCAAUAAACGUUGUGUCUCUGCGCCAGUUGAUAUUUCCAGUGUUUCUUUUUACCAUGACGAAAAGUCCUCUCUGAAUGUUGAAUCAGGAAUUCAUAACGGCUUCGGUGCACCAGAAAAAGGUGACAAAACUGGGAAUUUCAAAGAGGAUACCUUAGACUCGCACUAUACCCAAAGACAGACUGAAGACAUUAGACAUAUCAGAUGUGAUGCUAAUGCUAAUAAACAAUCAGAGACCACCUCAGAUCACCUCUCUGACCCAGUGACAACCUCCCUAGUCCCCAUCACCUCCUCUCGUCCUGGCUCCUUACCAGCAGAAUCCUUCAUAGAGGUUCAAGAGGAGUCUCGUAUCAUGCACUCCCAGUCCAAGCACUCCUCUACGGGGCUGCACCGGCACAGCGCCCCCGAUAAGCUCCUCGCUACACAACUCCAGUUAUUGCAGUUUAACAGUGACGGCGCUUCAUUGGAGCCUCACAAUCCGUCAAACACUUCUGAUCCCUCCUUGUCCCCUUGUACCAAUCAGUGGUCCCAUUCAUCAGUCCAGCCCACGAGGGAAGACCAAGAAGCUCCUCACAACCACCUCCACGCAGCAUCAAACAAAUGGGGAGGCAGCCGUUGCUCCACCCCAGGAUCUGUGUUCCUGGAAGGGGAUGAUGACGAUGGAGAUUCAAGUGAGAGGCGGGAAGGGAUGGGUGUAAAUGGAGGGUCCGUUCCGCCAAUUGAGCAUCACCAUCCUUGGGGCCGCUCUGUGAGCGUACCAGGGGACCCCACUGGAUCGUCAACCCAGGGAAGGUUGAGCUCUGACCAGAUACUAGAGAGAGAUUUUGAGCCUCUUAGUGCUGCUGCAAGCAUGGAUACGUUACUGGAGGAGCAGAGAUCAGUGGAUAGAGGUAAAAGUGAGGAUGGUGUAGCAAGAGAGACGGACAUGAAGAAGUCAAAUGCAUCCAGGAACCAUCGUCGGAACCGCCGUCGUAGCGAGCGAUUUGCUACCAACCUCCGCAAUGAGAUCCAGAGGAAAAAGGCUCAGCUUCAGAGGAGCCAUGGCCCAGGAGGGUUGCUCUGUAGUGGGGAAACUGUCCAGGAGGAAGAAGGUCCGGACCUCAAUGAGGAGGGGGCAAAUCCAGAACUGCCUGCCCAGGAGAGGAGUGCCAAAGUUACAUUUGCUUCGCCUGUUAGUCCCCAAGAUGCCACACCUGUCGAGAAAGCAAACACCUCAAGUGAAUCAAAUCAUGAUGCCUUACAGUCAACAAGCUACACUCAAAACAAUAACCUGUCCAGGUCUGACCAGAUUCUGGACCCAGGAAUGCCCAGUUUUGGUGUCGGCGUCCGAGUCGUUGAGGAACCAGCUCCUGCUGGCAAAGCCCGGCGCUGGCGUUGGACCCCCGAGCAUAAACUCCAACCAGAACCAGACCGGCGGUGUGGAGCCUUGGGUGAGAAGGUGUUGGGACUCACAGGGUCACGGCAUGGGGUUUGUGCCUUCACCUCAUCAUCCACUUCCUCAAAGAGUCGCUCCUCUUCCUCUUCUCGGAUGGAGGAGUCGGAUAUCCUUCCGUUUGCAGAUAGAAUGAAGUUCUUUGAGGAGACGAGCAAGGGUAUGUCCACGCCAAACGUCUCAAAUCUGUCGAGUCGCAGGCAGAAGAAACCCCUCCAUCAUCUGGAGCUCCAGGGAGGGGAGCUCGGUCAGCACCCAACCCAAAGGAGAUACUCCUACCAGGGGGGGCUUCAGCAAGAAAGUGCCCUGCUUCCAAACACUGUGGAAGCCAGGAGGAUGUCUGUGAGUACCAGCAUGGAGAGGCAGAAAGAGAAGGAGAGGGAACAAGCGAGAGAGAGGGAGGAGAGGCUGAGAGAAAGGGAGAGACAGGAGAGGGAAUUAGAAAUGGAGAGAGCGAGGCUGAGGGAGAUUCAGCGGGAGAGGGAACGAGAGGAGAGGGUGAGGCAGUGGGAGAGGGAAAGAGAGAGGGAGCUUGAGUUGGAGAGAGAAAAAGAGAUGGAGAGAGCCAGAGAGAAGGAACGUCUCAAAAAAGAAAGAGAAAAAGAGCUUGAGAGAGAAAGAGAGAGGGAAAGGGAAGAGGAUGCUCAGCUCACCUCACAUCAGGAAUUUUAUGGCAUCAAAGAAAGAAAUCAAGACUUCCAACACAACUUCCAGACGUUCUCCAAAAGCCAAACCCAGAAUCAAGUCCCACGAUCGGCUUUUUAUCCCGUCAACAACCCUUCCCAGCACCUGGAGAACCAGCAACCUCUACACCAGGGAUACACAGCAAGGAGCCACACGCCUACAGAGAUGUAUCCCACCCGGCAACAGGAAACCACCGAGCUCAACAGGAAGUACAGCCUGACGGAGAGGGACUACUCCAGUUGGAGGCGGGAGUCCAGACCUCCAGAGAGCAGUAAUCGGCAUCAUCAGCACCACCAGGGUCGGUGGGGCCACAGACAGGCCGACGAUGUCCGCAACGGAUACGCUUUUUCUCCCCCGCCGGCUCCUCUCUCACUCCGAGGGCGAGCCAUGUCCGAAAACGACCUCCGCUUCGACAGCAGCCACCGCUGGUCGCCGUCGACUUCCGUGGGGACCAGCCAGACCCUGAGCGAGGUGGAGGAAGGAGCAGGCGGCAUCAGGGGAAGAGAAACCGCCGGCGCCGUCCGGCCAAACAGGAAGAAGACGCCACCUCCACCGAGACCGCCGCCCCCAAAGUGGGAGCAGUUCCACCGCAGGCGUGCGUCUCACCACACCCUGUUCUCCACCUCUUCUUCUCCUCACGCCAUCCCUCCCUCCUUCGACGCCGCAGAGGGACACUACUCGACCCACUCCUCCGCAUGCGUCCCUCCAUCUGAAACGUCCAGACAGAGGUCCUACAGUCUUCCUCCGGAGAGACAGGAAGUGACCGAGGGCUGCCCGCGAUGCAGCUGCAGCCAAACCCAGGAACUAUCCCACGCCACGUCCAAUCAGAAUCACCCACAAAUACAAGAACACCCCUUCUCCCACGCUCCGUCCAAUCAGAAUCAGGUCCAGUUUCAGGACCGGGCCUUUACCGUUGCUCCGCCCAGUCCCAUGUUUUCCAGGAGGGCCUUCAGACCGGUGGCUCCGCCCCAGAAAGAGAGGGACCUGAGGGGCACGUAUGGACCGCAGGAGAGGUUGGAGGUUUUAUCGUCUCUUCCUCCACCGCCACCGCCACCAACAGAGCGCAGCAUGAGCAGUUUAUCUGAGAUGAUCGUCAGCCCCGACCAGGACAUAGUAACAGUGAAACCUCACAAACAACAGUCCAACGUGAGACCAGCAGCCGAGUGGGAGAGAGCCCCAUCUCCCACAGUUCAUAGCGACUCAACCCUUCCACCUGUCUUAGAAAAUGGAGGUGUUGGCGGGGUUUUACCUCCUGAAUCCUACUUCUCCGUUGACUACGAACAGCAGCAGCAGCUUCGUAUGAACAGAGGCUUUCAGAGCAUCGAGCCCCAGAAGAUCCUCGAACCAGGAACCGAAUCGGAGACGACCCUCAGCCCGAGUCCGGCACACAGCCUGGACGUAGACCUGGACAUCCCCAUGGAAACAGACAUCGAUGACUUCCAGGAGGACGACGGGCUCCCGGCGGAGGACGAGCCGAUCACCAGCGAGCUCCCGUGCUUCGCCCUGCCGGUUACGGUGCUGGAGACGGACAUCGACACCUUACCGGACUCCGCCGAGGCCUCGCCGUCGGGCAGGACGAGGGCGGAGAGCAGCUCCCUGGAGGAGGAGCUGGAGGCCGGGGAGAGCAGCAGAGAGAGGCUGAGCCUGGAGGAGCUCUUCCCCCAGAGCAGGGAGAGCUGGAGAGGGGCCUACCAAACCACCGAGCACAACGCCGACAGCUUGGAUAGGCGGUCCGGUGCGAGCUCCAGCUGUUCGUCCUAUUACAGCACGUCGGCAGCCAAAGCUCAGCUGCUGUCCCAGAUGAAGGACUUCACCGAUAACAGAGAGAGGGACGAGGACGACGAGCUGACCUACAAGAAACAGCUGAUGGAGAGCCUCCGUAAGAAGCUGGGAGUGUUGAGAGAAGCUCAGAGGGGACUGCAGGAGGACAUCAGAGCCAACGCACAGCUGGGAGACGAGGUGGAGAGCAUGGUGGUGGCGGUGUGUAAGCCCAACGAGGUGGACAAGUUCCGCAUGUUCAUCGGCGACCUGGACAAGGUGGUGAGCCUGCUGCUGUCGCUGUCCGGGAGGCUGCUGAGAGUGGAGACCACGCUGGAUACACUGGACCCUGAGACGGAGCACCACGAGAGGCUCCCCCUGCUGGAGAAGAAGCGUCAGCUCAUGAGGCAGCUGUCAGAGGCUCAGGACCUGAAGGACCACGUGGACCGCAGAGAGCAGGCCGUCAGCCGGGUGCUGGCCCGCUGCCUCUCCCCCGAGCAGCACCGAGACUACAGCCACUUUGUGAAGAUGAAGGCAGCGCUGCUGGUGGAGCAGAGGCAGCUGGAGGACAAGACCCGGCUGGGAGAGGAGCAGCUAAGGGGGCUGAGGGAGAGCCUGGGGCUGGGGCUGGGGAUCGGGAUCGGGAUCGGGAUGGGAAUGUCGAUGGGAUACGGAUAUUACUGAAGGAAAAGAGAUGAAGAAGAAGAAGCAGGAGAGGAACAAAGAGGAAGAUUUAAACAUGCAGUAUUUAUAAAAGUCUUCUCUUAAAGGACUAGUUUGACAUUUGUGAAAAGAUCAACACCACUCUCAUGUCUAGCACCUCUAAAACCGUUUUAACACGCUAUAUCUUGUUUUACUGGGGGAGGCUUUAUGCUAAGCUAUGCUAACUGUCUCCCAGCUGUAUAGCUUCAUAUGUAGCCAUCCAAAAUGUCAAACUAGUCCUUUAAGGGCUAGACGUAGAUCCAGAAGACUAAACCAACAGCUAUAACAGCUCUGGGUGUUUUUCAUCAACCAGAUAAACUGGACUUUAGUGCUGCAGCGCAGGAAGAAAAGACAAAGAAGAAGAAGAAAGUUGAGCAGGGACUCACAGAAACAGUGAACCAGACACGUAUUAAAAUACAACACCAGAAACAUAUCAACACCUUGUGAUGAGAGAGCCCAGAGCGUGUUGAUGGUUUGUGAACAGAGAAGGAAAAAGGAUGUUUUUCCCAAAUUUCACCCACUUUUAUGACACCGUCUGCUUCACAUUCUACAUGUACUGUAAAACACUACACUUAUUCUUCUUCUAACACUACGUUGCCAAAGACAUUUUCUCUUGAUGAAUGUGUCACUGAGACGCUGCUGUUUGCGUGUUUUCUUUUGUAUUUAAAUCUCCCGGUUCAGAGAAUCGAAGGAGACUUUAUGUUCACACUAAAGUCUGAGAUGCAGCGUUAUUAACUGACAUUGUUUUGUAUUCACGUUUUGUUGCUGGCUGACAGCUGCAUUCAGCACGACAUAAUAUACUGUAUUAUCUCCCAUAAUAGCAUCAUAUCACUCUGUACUCCCGUUACUGUAACAUGUUUUACUGUGUGGGGUUUGAGACUCCGCCGACUGUCACGUGAUAACUGUUAUGUACAGAAGACACUUGUGUUUAUAAUGUAUACCAUGUGUAUAUAGUGAUAUUUUUUUUGGAACGACUGGAAUCAGUUGUAAAAAAUUGGUUGUAAAAGAUGAACGAGAAGACCGGGAAGAGUCAACGUUUACUGUAUAUUUUGAGUUUGUCUCGAAACCAGAGUUGCAGAUUUUGUCGUUAGCUUGUUCAAACAUUUGAAGUUUUUUUUGCCCCAGAUGACAUUUAAUAUUUACUUAUUAUCUUGUUUAGAGUUCGAUGAGAAGAUUCAAACCACUCUCAUGUUUGUACCGUAGACUGUAGAGGAUAUAAAGAUGGACGACGCGUCUCCACUUCCUCCCACUGUACAGAAGUGAAGCCAAAAUAUCCCGGAUACGGGAGCUGCCAUCUUGAGAUUUUGACGUCAUUUGGAGCCAGAGUCUGUGCAGUAGUGAUCGGAGGUGGAGCCGCGGUAACGAGGUCCUGCCCACACAACCACCCAAGCCAAUCACGAGCUGAGCACGGCCGCAGCUUGUUGGCGUGAUUCACCUAGCUGCUACGUUAGCACCACGGUAGCUGUUUGGACACAACAACUAACCAUGUAAUCUCUAUAACUACACAGACUGGUGACGGUUAUGGAAAGUUAAAGGUGCUAUUGAUAACAUUCAGCCACUAGAUGUCGCAUUCUCUCUCCCCGUUCAUUGCAUUUACUUCACAACAAGUCGUUGCCAGACACUUACCAUCAGUCUCAGCAUUUCCACACUGACUGACUACCCAGAGAUAACCCGUGAUACCAACAUCGUUUAACUAUUGGCUCACAAGCCUUGUUAGAGGUGGAAACCAAACGUCAGAUGUCUCACAGAGAUAAAUAAAACAUUAAUUUUGGACCCGCCAACAUUUUUGAAAUGAUUCAUUCACAGUCAUAAUAUUUU